CUUUGACGCGUUACAAUUUAAUAUCUGCACCCGUAAUGCUCAAUCUAUUCGAUCCGAACUAAUCGAUCGCAUCGAUCGCAAUUAUUAGUUCUCCUCGAUUAUAUAAAUCGGAAAACGAGAUAAAAUCAACCAUGGAUAUUGACGAUAUCUUGCGAGAAGUCGAUCCUACAUUCGACUCAAUUCCAGAAGAAACGCGCGAUCUCCAGGCGCUAACACGUGCUUGGAUGGCAGAAAGAUCCUCACCCGAACUACUCGACUGGCCAACCGACAGUCUCUUCGAGCGCAUCAACGAGCGCAUUAAGCAGCAGAUUGAAAAGAUCGAAGACAUGACUGGUGAUAUGGACCCCAAGACUAAUUUCGCAUUAAUCGUUAUACAAACCGAGCUCGAACGUUACAAAUACCUGGUACGGGGCUACCUAAGGGCCCGCAUAGCUAAGAUCGAUAAGCACACCCUGCAUUAUCUCUCUAGCCCUGUGCUCCAGACCCGUCUCUCGCCGCCAGAAUUGGCAUAUGCGACACGUCAUCAAGCCCUGCUCCAUAACCAUUACCUAUCUUCUUUCCUGUCAUCUUUCCCUGUACCUCUUCAGAACCUUAACGACACUGCCGGAAACAUUAGCAUGGUCGACACCCCGGAUCUUGAUACUGCUGUAUUCAUUCGCCUACUUAGGGAUACGCUUGUCGAGGGUCGCGGAACGGACGCCGAUGGUGAAAUGAAUGGGAAGAACGGCGAUGUUGUCAUUCUGAGGUGGGCCGACGCGAAGAAGCUGGUUGAAUCGGAGUCAGCAGAGAUUAUAUGAAGCCAAAACACAUCCAUAACCGAUUUACCUUGUACCGGUUUGCUCCGGUGUGUUCAGUCUUGUGGAAGACUAAGAGCCAGCCGCAGGCCUCCAGUACCAUUUCUUCUUAAUGCCCCAUUCGAGCCUAGGAGACUUAACCAUCCUAUCGUCUUAUGAUAUGAUGAAUUGGCGUGUAUACCUCGACAAUUAUUCAUCUCACGAAAGCAAAUUCCACGACACGCGAGUGAUACCCGAUGCCUCAAGGGAGGGUCUUAAUGGC